AUGGCGACAGCUCAAAACGACAUGACAGACUUCAAAGACAUCAUAGCGGCGAUGAUGAAGCAACAGCACGAAUUGCUACAGGCAAUGGUGACCAACCAAUACCACUUUGCGAACAACCAACAAAGCCUGGCUAAUGAAACGUUGGCCGAAGCACAUAUCAAAUCAGAACCAAUUCCGGAUACGGAAUUGGCCUGCGACGAAUGGUUCACAAACUUGAUGGUCAAAUACGGGGACACCUCCAGACAGAUGCUGCUUAAAAAAAUGCGACAAGCAUAUGCGACCCCUACGAACAUAACGUCUUUAGAGGAUGCCCACCAACAUUAUAUGAACCACAGAUUCAAGAAGUCACGGGCACUCCACCACUGCAUCGAAAAGGUCAUGAAAAUCUCGACCACCCAUUUGAGUGCAGCCCACAAUGACCUCACCAACUUGAUUGCCCUAAAAGGAAACAGCUACCCCGUCGAAGCUAUGCAAACUCAACGACCCCCGCUAUCCAAGGCUGACCUUCACAGAUUCCUUGGCUAA